UCUUAUUCCUUUUUAUUAAUUCAUUCAUUUAUUGGAGCUUCUUGCAAUUGUUUUAAGGGUUAUUAGGUUAUAAUAAUCCUAAAUUUCUUCUGUUGGGCUGAUAAUAAUUCUAACUUUAAAAAUUUCUCCAAUGAUCCCAACAUGUAAGAAUUUGACCGUCAUUGAUCUUUUUCUAACAUAAGUGCAUUUAAAUCAAUUAAGAAGUCUACAGGUGCACUUAAAUCUAUUGAGGAGACCAAAUUCUUAUAUGUUAAAAAAGAAUCAAUGGGGCCAAUCUUUUACAAGUUGGGAUCAUUUGAGAGAAUUUUUAAAGUUGGGAUUAUUAUCGGCCAAAAAUGUGAAUUUGAGGCGAUUGUCACUUAGGCAUGAAUUUCAUUGUAUUUAUCUCUUUUUCAUUGGAGCUCCAAGCAUUUGCUUACUUUUGAUUUAUCACUUUUCUUCGGGAGUGGGAAUUUGAGGCGAUUGUCACUUAGGCAUGAAUUUCAUUGUAUUUAUGCAUUAGUAAUAUGUUUAUAUAUCAACAUGUGGACGAAUUCAUAUGUGUGAUAUGUUACAUGGGAUUCAUUACAAAGGAUGCCAAUGAAAAGAAAUCACCAUUCAAUCGAUUUGGCAGGUCUAGCACAUUCGUUCCAUGCCCUGCAGCCCGCAAAAGUUCAUGAAUUCAGCUUUGCAUGGCGUGAGCUAGUUACUCUCAAAGAUUUCAUGCCAAAACUGCUCAAUCAAAAUAACCAUCAAGGAUGGCCAUAUAUUAAGUGUCUUGUCAUAGGUGGGUUACAGUUCAUGGAACCGCUUUUGAGGAGUGGCGAACUUACAGAGCCGGUUUGCAUCUUAACAAUGAUGGAGAGGCAAGCAAUUGGUCGGUGGCUCUUCAAUCGUAGGAAGAGAAGAACAAGCAUUAACCACAACAACAAAACCAACAAGGUUGCUGAUCAAGUAUUCAUCAUCAAAUAUUUGGGGUGCUCAUUGGUGUCUGCUCCGGGGAGACCAAAUAUAAGAAGACACUUAUAAAGGAAAUCAAGUCUCAUGACUUAAGAGUAUAUGUUGAGCUAAGUACAUCAAAUG